AUGCAGUGUCUUUCAACGCUCUCCGUCCUCGCCUUUCUCGCAGUCGCCACUGUUUCCUCUGCAUACCCCAAUCCAGAAUAUGUCACUGGGGACAUAAAUCCUGUGCACGACCCGACACUGUGCAAAGACAAUACUGGGAAAUACUUUUUGUUUGCGACAGGUACAGGACUUGAAAUCCGCACUUCGACGGACAGAAUAACGUGGACCCUUGAGGGUGUUGUUUUCCCGAGCGGUGCAAGUUGGACUGAUGAGUAUACCGGGACAUCGAACGGCGUGUUGUGGGCUCCUGACUGUACAUACCUCAACGGACAAUUCUAUCUGUACUAUGCUGCUUCAACAUUCGGCUCGCAGAAAUCUGGAAUAUUCCUUGCUACGUCUACCACGGGUCUUCCUGGUUCUUUUGUCAAUCAAGGCCUUAUAAUAUCAACAGCGCCGGGCGACUCAUACAACGCUAUUGAUCCAAACUUGAUUAUAGAUGGCAGGGAAUGGUACUUAUCGUUGGGUAGUUAUUCGACUGGCAUAAAGGGCGAAGAGGUGGUGCCACUGGAUGGACAUGUAACUGGUUCACUUGAUUCACUUGCUGCACGGUCUGGCGGUACAACUGCAAUUGAAGCCUCCGUAAUCUUCAAAUACGGUGACUUCUACUACCUGUUCACGUCCUGGGACCAAUGCUGCGAGGGCACGAAUAGCACAUAUAACAUCCACGUUGGACGCUCUACAAGCUUGAGGGGUGGCUAUGUGGACGCGAAUGGGGUUCCACUUAUAUCCGGUGGCGGCACACUUGUGCUUGAAACCCAUGAUGGGAUCACUGGUCCGGGCGGACAAGACCUUUUGGUGGACGAUGAUGGACCUAUCCUCGUUUAUCACUAUUAUACGGAUGCCGGUAGACUGCUUGGGAUCAACCGUCUUGAUUUCUCGAGUGGAUGGCCUGUCGUCGUCGAAUGA